UAAUUGGUGCCAUGCCAGCUGCUUCUCCCCCUCUGCUCCCCCUUGCCACCUGGUGGUGGUGUCUGGUACUGUUGCUGCCCCCACAGCCCCAUGCCCUGACCCAGCUCCAGCCGGACCCUAACCGAGAGAAGGCCUCUCACGCUGGGCAGGCCUUCCCUCACCUCUCCCUGGAUGGAUCUCCCCUCAGCCACCUCCUCCUGGACUCCAGGUCUGGUCAUCUGUACGUGGGGGCGGUCAACCAUCUCUACCACCUGUCCCCUGACCUCCAGGUGCUCUCCUCCAGUCAGACUGGCCCCAAACUGGACAGUGCCGAGUGCUUGCCCCCCAUCGUCCCCAAGGACUGCAGUACCGCACACCUGACCCCCAACGCUAAUAAGAUCCUUCUGCUAGAGGAGGGUCUGGCCUCAGCAGGGUCAGAGGUCGGGGCGAGGAGCCUGAUCGUGUGUGGAACCCUGUUCCAGGGUAUCUGUGAGAAGAGGAGUCUGGAUAAUGUGUCCGAGGUACUGUACCAAUCCUCCAACCCGGUGGACACGCAGUACGUCGCCGCCAACGACCCCCGCGUCUCCACCGUGGGUGUGGUCUUGAACCAAAAGGGUGUGGGGCUUAUGCUGGUGGGGCGUGGCUACACCAGUAAAGGCCCCAGCGACAUCCCACCAAUCACAACUCGCCGUUUGGCCCCCAGCUCCUCCCCUGCCCGCCAGGCCUUCUCUCAAGACGAGGAACUAGGGAAGCUGGUUGUCGGGAGCUACUCCGAGUACAACAACUACUUCAUCUCCGCGCAUCAUCACGGCGACCACGUCUACUUCCUGUUCUCGCGGAGGGAUAUGUGGAACCGGAAGGAGUACCGGACCUACGUUUCACGUCUCUGCGCCGAGGACCGGAGCUUCUACUCCUACGUGGAGGUUCCGUUGGAAUGUUCCGGCGGUUACAACCUCGCCCAGGGUGCUACCCUCGCCGAACACCAGGGGCGGCCGGCGCUGUUCGUUGCCAUGGCGGCGGGGCAGGCGUCGACGCCCACGGCGACGGGUCGCUCGGCGCUGUGCAUUUACGGGAUGUCAGAGCUGGAUGCGUCGCUGCAGAGGGCCCAGGAGCUGUGUUAUACAGAGGGAGGAAGAGGAAGGACGGGACAGGAGGAGGCAUACAUAGAGUAUGAGGUGUCGUCCAAGUGUCUACGCCUGCCCAAGGAUUCGUUACAGAAGUACCCGUGUGGAGGGGAACACACCCCCAGCCCCAUCGCCUCUGCUGUUCCCCUGUCAGCCGCCCCCUCUCUGACCAGGGACGCUCUACUCACCGCGGUCACCACCACUACCGAGGCCGGCCACACCAUCGCUCUGCUUGGGGACAAGAACGGAUGGCUGCACAAGGUAUUUCUCCAGACUGACACAACAGGGACAUUGUAUCAGAGUGUAUUGGUGGACCAGGACAGUCCAGUCAACGCUGACCUACUACUGGACCAGUCUGGACAGAAUGUCUACGUCCUCACUGAUGGCAAGGUGUCCAAGGUGUCUGUAUCUCAGUGUGAACAGCAGCCUGACUGCCAGUCCUGUCUGUCUGUCAGAGACCCUCACUGUGGCUGGUGUGUCCUGGAGGGAAGAUGUAGUCGUCGAAUGGAGUGUAGUCGUGAGGGUCAAGCCAACCACUGGCUGUGGAGCUACCAGCCUGCCAACCAGCCUGCCAACCAGUGUGUGACUGUCCAGAGCUUGGAGCCUGCCAUCCAAAGCAGAGAGGAGGAGACUCAGGUUUCUCUUGUUGUGGCCCUGCUGCCCACGCUGUCAGAGGAGGAGGAGUCUCUAUCCUGCUCCUUUGGAACCCUCGCCCCUCAACCAGCUGUCGUUACGGGAACCACCAUAACCUGUCAAUCACCCCUGCCUGAGCUCCUCCCACCCAGCCCACCAGGAAGUGACCACGUGUCCCUACGUGUGUCUGUGAUGUUCAGAGACGUGACCAUCUCUAGCAGUGACCUCAUCUUCUACGACUGUCGAGCUGUGGGGCGACUCAACAUCACCUCCCCGUGUAUGGCGUGUGUGGGCAGUGUGUGGCCAUGCAACUGGUGUGUCCUGGGUGGGCUGUGUACCCACAACAACAGCAGUUGUCCCAGGCAGCACACCAUACACAACUCACUGGAGCAGCAGUUGGAGCCGCGGGGUGCAGACUCGUGUCCCUUUGUGUGGGCUCUACAGAGCUCUCCUCUGGUCCCCAUGGGCUUCCUGUCCCCUCUGACCCUACUGGGCAGAAACCUGGACGUGUUUCAGGGUGAGGAACAGUAUACCUGUGUGGUGGUCGUUGUGGGGGAGGAGCUUAAACUGAACGCCAUUCUGAAGAAAGACCCAGAAACCAAGGUCACCACCUUUACAUGCUCUGUCCCCCAGUUCCAGUACCCGUUGAGACAUUUGGAGUACUCUGCUCCCAUCUAUCUGCGAAGAGGUUUCCAUCGCAUCGACUCUGCUCCCGACCUCAGAC